UGUUCUCGUGUUUUCCUCUUUGUGUUGUCGAAUAUUUUCUGCUCUUUAAAUGUUUGUUAUGUGUAGUGGCUUAUUUAAAACAUAAGUACAGUGAUAUCUAUAACAAUUACUGUAUGAAAUGUAUCUAUUUUUAAUAUAUACAAAUAGCUUAUGGCAGUUUCUAAUGGAAGCACGGUCGAGAUGUUUAUGCAUCAACAGCUCUAUAAUGUUUCAUUUAAUGAGGGACCUAUCACAAAACUUACUGUCGUGUUGUUAAUGUCUUUGUUCUUCAUAUAUCUGAAUAUGAUUAUGUUAUAUUCCCUUAUGAGUAAGCGUGUUUUUAUAGAGACUCCACGCUACAUUCUUUUUGCUCACAUGCUUCUCAAUGACUCCAUUCAUCUUUUAUUCACUGUUGUGCUGUACUGUGUUGGGCUGGCCUUGCUCAAGUUAGUCAUAGUAGCAUGCGCUUUAACAGUUUUUGUAUCAAGUACUACUUUCCGUAAUGCACCUUUAAACCUGGCUGUAAUGUCAUUAGAGCGUUACAUAGCCAUAUGUUUUCCUCUUAGACACGCUGAAAUAGCCACUCGAAAAAGGACGUAUCUUGCCAUUGUGUUAAUCUGGAGUUUUGGUUCUAUAAAUUUCAUGAUUGAUUUGUUUUAUAGAAUAGUGAUGGACCCUAACAUUUUAACAACACACAUACUUUGCACAAGGGAAACUUUGUUCAUAAAAGCAUGGCAAUUAGAUGUAUUCAGUGCUUUGAAUAUACUGUACUUUGUGGGAGUGUCGCUGAUCAUCAUCUUCACCUAUAUCAGCAUUAUGAUCUCAGCCAGGUCUGUGUCCUCCAACAAAGACUCUGCUACGAAAGCCCACAGGACUGUGCUGCUGCACUUUGUUCAGCUGGGCCUGUGCCUUACAGCAUUUCUGUUUGGUGCCAUCGAGCGUGCUGCAGCCAUGCUGGGCAACAGCUCUCUGUACUUGGAUGUGCGCUACCUGGCAUUUCUUUUUAUCCUGGUUCUGCCCAGGUGCAUGAGUCCACUCAUCUAUGGGCUGAGAGACAAUGCCCUGAAACCUUUGUUCAUUUAUUACUUUCGAUGUGGCUCUGGCACAGUCAAGCCUAUUGUAAAUGUACACUGAAUUGCAUGCAUAAAUCAAUAUUCACAACAAUAUAUACUGUACUGUACUUUAUUCGACUAAUAGGAAACAAGUUUAGCUGUGUUAUAUAGUUCAUAGUUUUAUUUCUAAUUGUUUUUGUCUGUCAAAUAUAGUUUACAAUUCAAUCUAGUUGCCAAGAUUGUAAUUACUGACAGUGGCACAUUUACUAAUGUUUUCUUGGUGUUUUAAAUGAAGGUUUUGGAGUGGCCUAGUCAAAGUCUGAUAAAGAUGCUAUGGCAUAAUCUUAAACAGGAGGUUUAUGCUGGAAGUGUGGCUAACUUAAAACAAUUCUGUGAACAAAAUUCCUCCACAGAGGUGUAAAUGACUCAUUGACAGUUAUCGGUAAAGCUUGAUUGCAGUGUUGCAAUCAAGGGUGGUUCCAAGUUAAAGUAUACAAUAUAUUCUUUAUUAAAGUAUAUAAUUAUUCAUUAUAUUGGCUGUAGUUUACCUUUAUUUAUUCUUUUUCACAAAUAUUGGUAAAAAAUCAAUUUGGCCACCUUCUUUACUUGCAACUAAACACUGAGCAUUUGAUCCAAAUGAAAUUGAGACGGUAAUUAAUGACAGUUGUGCAGAUAUUGCACACUCAUUUAAAUAUUAUGAUUAUUGAAAUGUAUAGUGUGUAAAUUACUGCAUUUGAGGUUUUCUGAUGUUUUUUCUGUUUUAACUCUCCAGAAGAUUUUGAAAGGCACACAUUUGUUUUCUUGGUUUUUGUUUCCUUUUUUUUUGCCUAUAAAUAAUUAUAAUACAAAUAUUGGUGAGUGAAGUGGCUAAUAAAUCAAUAUUAAAAUGAAAAAAAACAAACACUUUAACAGCAGCAGCGACAUAUGCAUGAUUUGGUUACAUGAUUUGUCUGAUCUGAUUAUGUUGAAAUAUUAUUAAAAGGAAACUGUGAAAAAGUGAUCAAAAUUAUAUUGAUUGUUAUAAUAAUUACAAUUUUCUUAAUGUUAUCAAUAUUACUUUGAUCACUUUGAUA